UGAUACUGAAAGGCAGCUAAUUUCGGAUGAGACCUCUGUCUCUCAGACGCAAAGCCAUGGCCUCCAUCUCGAAAUCUCUAUCCUUCGAAGCCGCUUUACCUACGAUUUUGAUCACUGCAGCCAUCUGGCUGUUUUACACGAUUAUAACAUUCGGGCGCCGAGAGAAGAGUCUGCCUCCCGGCCCUCCAACCAUCCCGAUUCUGGGAAAUGCGCAUCUGAUGCCAACCCAAGGCUUCUCUCGCCAACUUGUGGCCUGGCGCAAGGAAUAUGGUUCAGUCUACUCGCUCAAGGUCGGCCGGAGCACUAUGGUCGUGCUCAACGACCGGCGCGCCAUUCAUGAACUCCUGACCAAGCAGGGUGCUUGCUACAAUGACAGGCCCGAGGACACACAUUUCAUCAUUGCGAACAAAGACGAGAACCCGGCGACGAUGAAGGAAGGCCCAAAAUGGCGGGCGACGCGGAAAGUGAUAGCAAACUACUUCUCCCCGAAGAAUUUGGAUUCGACUCUGAAACCCAUCCAAGAAGCUGAAGUCAACCGUCUUAUGUUCGACCUUUUAACCAAACCCGAAGAGUUUUCGACCAGCAUAAAACGUACAACCGCCUCUAUAGCCAGUAUCACGCUAUUCGGUCACAGAGCACCCGAUUUUGACAGUUUUUGGGCAUACGCUGUUUACAUUGUGAUGGAAGCGGUCUCGAAAGGAGCCGCCCCAGGUAGUUACCUGCCAGUUGACCAAUUUCCCAUCCUGAAGCUCCUUCCAGAUCGCUUCAUUAUGGGAAGGCAACGCGCCAAAGAUUUGUACGCCACGAUGACAGGCGUCUGGAACGAUGCUCGCGAGCGCAUUGACAAGCGGCGCAGCGCCGGAGACAAACGUGAAUCUCUCAUGGACAGAUUCCUCGAUGGAGACAUAAAGAGCGAUGUCCCGCUCUCUUAUUCAGGACUAAACAACUUGCUGGGAGGUGUACACAUGGCUGCCGCGGACACGACCGCAAUAGCAAUGCUGACAACCAUCCUGUUUCUUGCCAAACACCCCGAGUUCCAAGAGAAGGCAAGAGUUGAACUCGACCGGGUGUGCGGGACUGAUCGUAUGCCUCAGUGGUCAGACUUCAAUGACCUGCCGUAUGUGAACUGCAUCGUCAAAGAGGGGUUGCGGAUCAGACCUAUCUCGCCCGCUGGCGUUCCUCACGCCGCAAAGGAGGACAGAUGGUACAACGGCAUGCUCAUCCCAGCUGGCAGUGCCAUCUUUAUACCGCCCUCCACUCUCAACUUCGACGAGGCCUUUACAGCAGACCCCGAUUCCUACAAUCCUGAUAGGUACCUCCACCAGGCCCACAUGUUGGCCCCCGAGCUCUCAGCGUCACCACAGUACGAGGAGCGUGACCAUUAUUCAUACGGUGCGGGACGUCGUAUGUGUGCUGGAAUCCACCUGGCGGAGAGGUCGCAGUGGCGAAUGGUGGCGCAAAUGCUUUGGGCCUUCAGGAUAGAGCCAGACAUUGGUUCUGACGGGAAGCCGGUGGAGGUGAAGACUGGUUUGGAUGUGUACGAAGAAGGAUUCUUGCACGUUCCGCACGAGUUCAAUGUGCGCAUGGUCCCCCGGAGUGACAAGCAUGCCGAUGUUGUGACGAAGAGUUUCAAGAAGACAGAGUCUGAUCUGAAAAAGUGGGAGUGAUCGGAUUAGAAACAAGUCUAGUGUAAAUAAACGGCAGCGCCGUAAGCCACAGCUCUAAGGAAGAACGAGAAUCUUGAUUUAGGGGGGUAGUUACGGUUA